AUGCAUCCCCAGUCUUGUCUGACUGUGUUGGAAGCUUAAUAAACAGCCAGGUUAGAAAUUAUCGGUUUAAGCCAUAGCUCUACCUUGAAACAUAUCUAGCUCAGCCAUGAAGCUCCCUCCCAGGCUAGGAUUUGGGGAAAUGGCUAUGUUUUUGUAGAGCUUAAAGGAUGCAGCCUGAGACAGGGUAAGUCAGCAGUCUGCUGCUGAUGUUCUGCCGCAGCUCCGUGGUCUCCCGGGGAGCCUGUGCCGGAUGCACAGCCGGGCAGGCUCGCAGCGCAUCUCGUCUGAGGCUCCGGUCAAUGGAGGCUUCACGUCCUGCGCCAGGCAGGGCGCUGCACGCAUGCCCCGGCCCCGUCGUUUAGCGGUGUCAACUUAUUAAUUUCCAUCUCCGACUUCAGGCCUGUUAGUUUCCUGUCUGAAAGCAUUAUUACUUUUGUCCAUGUGGCAAAAUAAUUAGCAUACAGAUGAGCAGUGGCCCCGGGUCUGAGCGCCGGUAGAGAAGAGGUGCGGUGGGAAGUUGAUUGGAUGCACGGAGAACAAAUGGUGGGCGUGCAGAAGCAGAAGAGUUUGUAGUCGUGGAGCAGGUUGGAGAAUUUUCUGGAGAAGCUCACACGGAGGCCAAGACCGAGGUGCGUGCAGCUGCCGCCCGGACAUUUGUCUGACCCACGUUGACAUCUGCAGUGUCACAGACUGUGAAAAUGAACACGAAGGAGAAUUGGUGAAAUCACGUCCGUGGGCACCUCUGAACUCUGACCGACUGAGGGAACAAAAUUGGACCCAAAGAGCACCUGCCGGGCCACUGAAUUCAGAGUGACUGCAUCUCGUGGAAGAGGAAAAAUGUAGUUACUGGAUCCAAUCGAGUGUUUGUGUCUCUGAAAUUAUCAGCAACACCCCGUCAGGAAAGGUUCUGUUGGUCCACAGACGUCUGGCGAUCCAAGCAGCCACGUAAAGAUGGAGAAAUCGAGGCACAGAGAAAUUAAGUGACUUCGCCACAGUCACAGGCUGGGGAGGACCCGGAUUAGAACUUAGAGAGAACUUGACUCUGGGCCUGUGUCCUGCCCACGGAGUCACGCUGCCUCCGUUCCUAGGAGAGAAGACUUCCUGCAAGAUGGAGGUGGACACCGAGGAGAAGCGGCAUCGCACGCGGUCCAAAGGGGUUCGAGUUCCUGUGGAGCCGGCCAUACAGGAGCUGUUCAGCUGUCCCACCCCUGGCUGUGACGGCAGUGGCCACGUCAGCGGAAAAUAUGCGAGACACAGAAGCGUGUAUGGCUGCCCCUUGGCUAAAAAAAGAAAAACACAAGACAAGCAGCCCCAGGAACCUGCUCCCAAGCGGAAACCGUUUGCGGUGAAAGCGGACAGCUCGUCGGUGGAUGAGUGCUACGACAGCGACGGCACGGAGGACGGCGACGACAAGGAGGAGGACGAGGAGGAGGACGACUCAGACGAGGACGACGAGCAGAGGGAGGACGAGGACGAGGACGACGAGGGGGACCGGGAGGAGGAGGAGGAGAUGGAGGAGGAGGACGAGGAGGAGGACGAGGACGGCGAGGACGUGGAGGAGGACGAGGACGACGAGGACGACGAGGAGGACGAGGACGAGGACGAGGACGAGAACGAAGGCCAUCCACUGAACUGUCACAGCACUCGCAUGAUGCAGGACGCGGAGAAGGACGACAACAAUAACGACGAGUACGACAACUACGACGAGCUGGUGGCCAAGUCCCUGCUGAACCUGGGCAAGAUCGCCGAGGACGCGGCGUACCGCGCGCGCACCGAGUCGGAGAUGAACAGCAACACGUCCCACAGCCUGGAGGACGACAGCGACAAGAACGAGACGCCUGGCCGGAAGGGCGAGCUCAGCCUGGACCUGGACAGCGACGUGGUCAGGGAGACGGUGGACUCACUGAAGCUGCUGGCCCAGGGCCACGGUGCGGUGCUGGGCGACCACACGGGUGACCGCGGCUACGCCGACGUGCUGGCGCCACCCGACGGCAGGAGCCUGACCUACGGGGCGCUGGGCAAGGCCGCCAACAACGGGCUGGCGGAGAAGCUGGUGGAGGAGAGCGACGAGGAGGUGUGUCUGAGCAGCCUGGAGUGCCUGCGCAACCAGUGCUUCGACCUGGCGCGCAAGCUGAGCGAGAGCAGCCCCCAGGAGCGGCCCCCGCAGCCCGGCGCCGGCCCGCGCCCGCACGGCCGCCAGGACGACGACUUCCCGGGGAGGACGCCCGACCGCAGCUACUCGGACAUGAUGAACCUGAUGAGGCUGGAGGAGCAGCUGAGCCCCAGACCCAGAACUUUCUCCAGCUGCGUCCAGGAGGAUGGGUACCGCGAGCGGGAGGACGACGCCGCCUCCGUGAACUCGGACAGGUCGGAGGAGGGCUUCGACAUGACCAAGGGCAACCUGACCCUCCUGGAGAAAGCGAUCGCCCUGGAAACUGAGCGGGCCAAGGCCAUGAGGGAGAAGAUGGCGGUGGAGGCGGGAAGGAGGGACAGUCUGAGGUCCUACGAGGACCAGUCACCGCGACCGCUCCCCGGGGAGGAGAGGAAGCCUAAGGCCGGUGACAGCCAUGUCAAAAAGCCAUACUAUGAUCCCUCGAGAGCAGAAAAGAAAGAGAGCAAGUGCCCCACCCCCGGGUGCGAUGGAACGGGCCACGUAACCGGGCUUUAUCCGCAUCACCGCAGUCUGUCCGGAUGCCCGCACAAAGAUAGGGUCCCUCCAGAAAUUCUUGCCAUGCAUGAAAAUGUUCUCAAGUGUCCUACUCCGGGCUGCACAGGGCGAGGGCAUGUAAAUAGCAACAGGAACUCGCACAGAAGCCUCUCCGGAUGCCCUAUUGCCGCAGCGGAGAAACUGGCAAAGGCCCAAGAAAAGCACCAGAGCUGUGACGUGUCCAAGUCCAACCAGGCCUCGGACCGAGUGCUAAGGCCCAUGUGCUUCGUAAAGCAGCUCGAGAUCCCUCACUACGGCUACAGAAACAGCGUCCCCACCACCACGCCUCGCUCCAACUUGGCCAAAGAGCUGGAGAAAUAUUCCAAGACCUCGUUUGAAUACAACAGUUACGACAGCCAUACUUAUGGCAAGCGGGCCAUAGCUCCCAAGGUGCAAACCAGGGAUAUAUCCCCCAAAGGAUAUGAUGCGAAGCGGUACUGCAAGGACGCCAGCCCUAGCAGCAGCGCCGCCAGCACCUACGCGCCCAGCAGCAGCAACCUGAGCUGCGGCGGCGGCAGCAGCGCCAGCAGCACGUGCAGCAAGAGCAGCUUCGACUACACGCACGACAUGGAGGCGGCGCACAUGGCGGCCACGGCCAUCCUCAACCUGUCCACGCGCUGCCGCGAGAUGCCGCAGAACCUGUCCACCAAGCCGCAGGACCUGUGCGCCGCGCGGAACCCUGACAUGGAGGUGGAUGAGAACGGGACCCUGGACCUGAGCAUGAACAAGCAUCGGCCGCGCGAGGGCUGCUGCCCCAUCCUGACGCCCCUGGAGCCCAUGUCCCCCCAGCAGCAGGCGGUGAUGAACAGCCGGUGUUUCCAGCUGAGCGAGGGAGACUGCUGGGACUUGCCCGUGGACUACACCAAAAUGAAGCCCCGGAGGAUAGAUGAGGAUGAGCCCAAAGAGAUGACUCCGGAAGACUUGGAUCCCUUCCAGGAGGCUCUAGAAGAAAGAAGGUACCCGGGGGAGGUGACCAUCCCGAGCCCCAAGCCCAAGUACCCCCAGUGCAAGGAGAGCAAGAAGGACUUGAUAACUCUGUCGGGCUGCCCGCUGGCUGACAAAAGCAUUCGAAGUAUGCUGGCCACCAGCUCACAAGAACUCAAGUGCCCCACCCCUGGCUGCGACGGCUCCGGGCACAUCACCGGCAACUACGCUUCCCAUCGGAGCCUUUCAGGUUGCCCGAGAGCCAAGAAGAGUGGCAUCAGGAUAGCACAGAGCAAAGAGGACAAGGAAGACCAGGAGCCGAUCAGGUGCCCCGUGCCCGGGUGCGAUGGCCAGGGCCACAUCACCGGCAAGUACGCCUCCCACCGAAGUGCGUCCGGGUGCCCCUUGGCGGCCAAGAGACAGAAGGACGGGUACCUCAAUGGCUCCCAGUUCUCCUGGAAGUCCGUCAAGACGGAGGGCAUGUCCUGCCCCACGCCGGGCUGUGACGGGUCCGGGCACGUCAGCGGAAGCUUCCUCACGCACCGCAGCUUGUCGGGAUGCCCGCGGGCCACGUCGGCCAUGAAGAAGGCGAAGCUGUCGGGAGAGCAGAUGCUGACCAUCCGGCAGCGGGCCAGCAACGGCAUAGAGAACGAUGAGGAGAUCAAGCAGCUGGAUGAAGAAAUCAAGGAGCUGAACGAAUCCAACUCCCAGAUGGAAGCCGACAUGAUCAAGCUCAGAACUCAGAUCACCACCAUGGAGAGCAGCCUGAAGACCAUCGAGGAGGAGAACAAGGUGAUCGAGCAACAGAACGAGUCCCUCCUCCACGAGCUCGCCAGCCUGAGCCAGUCCCUGAUCCACAGCCUUGCCAACAUCCAGCUCCCGCACAUGGAGGAUGGUGUAUGGUGGGGCAAUAAAUGAGGUUUUUUGCAUUCCAAGGAAAUGGCAUAUGGAUUAACUGUAAGAAAUGAGAUAAGUAAUUUAUUGUAAGACAGCAUCAAGCCAUGGAAACUUGGCAGAAGAUUCAAAGCAGCUUAAACAGCACUUUUUAAACUAACUCCUGAGCAUUAAUUACAUGGUGUGACUAUGGGAACCUUCAGUUAAGACAGGGGCCUAUUAGAGGCGGAUGACGCGAAGACUUCCUCUUCCAUCCUCAGUGCCCUUUGGAACCAGCUUCUCUUACCUCCCCGAGAGUUCCGUGCCCCUCUGAACUGUCUAACAGAAUCUGUGUGUUUUCAUUUACGCUCAAAGAUCACUUAAGACUAUUUCUUUCCCCUUCCACCUUAAAAAGAAUUAUUCUUACUGUUGUUCUUGCUGUUAUGAUUUCCCGUAUGGGGGAUGAAGGCACGUGAUUUGCGAGUCCUCGAGCGGCUGGGCUGACCUGUCUGCUGGCCUGCGUGGGCCAGCAGCUCUGAGAAGUGCCCUCGCCCCACGCUGACUUUGAAUAAGCCCGGGUCCUAUUCAGAGUCAGGACAAGUGUGCUCCACUGUCCCGUCCCGUCCGCUGGAGACCAGUUGACCAUAGGACGUUUGCGUAGCCUUGUUUGACCUGUCAUGACCUUCUCUAAGAAUGAAUGCAAUCAGAUGUUGAGAGUAACUAAAUAUGCUUCAGCACUUUUUUGCUUUACACUAGAUCAUCUUAGACUCAUUUGCACCCCGGAGACUGAUUGUUUUACCCGACGACUGCACUACGUGAUGCAUAAGACCACUUUCCACGGCUGCGCUCUCCCCUGCUCGCUCGUCCCUGGGACGACGUGUGUCGUGUUUUCCGAUUGCCGUUGACUUGAUUUACUUGUAAUAGCAUUCUUCCUUCCAUGUCUUGAUGUUAUGCAGGAAGUACAAAAGUACUUAAAAUUUUGUUAUGAAAAAAAAAAAAAAGAUGGGUUUUGUAAAAAUAAAAAAAAAAAAAUAUUUUUAGCAGAACAGGACUUACAGGGUCAUUGCCCCCACACGUGCCAGUCGACUAUUUGCACUUACCUUGUCCUAUAUAUCCGUACGGAGGUGUGCAAUUCCCGUGUCAGUAGCCUCGUGACACUGACCCUGGAGGAAUCUGAAGAGGCCUCCCGGCUGACCCCAUGAUGCUAAGGGAGAUUACAGGGACCUCACAGCAAAUACUCUGAUACAAUACUCAACCUCGGUAUAUAUAUAUAUAUGUAUAAAUACAUGCACAUCCCAGCGGCACUUUAGACUGCUCACUGUACAAAAGCUUACAGUUUUCCAGGAGGACUUUAAUAAUUAGCUGGGAAAAGAUUACGUCAUGACUUGGGCUCUGCAGCCCUUUUUCUGUUGUGUGAUUAGUUGUAGCUGCCCUGCUCAGAAUUGCCUUUUUGAGAACUGAAGCCAGGUGCUGUGCGUCACCUGCGGCCAUAUGUCCCAUCCAGGGCCCCGGCCUCCUUGCGGGGGGGGCCCCCGUUGUUCAUAUCGGCACAUGCAUCUCCCCGCCCCGUCGUGUCUGCAGCUUCUUGGCCAAUAUAGUGAUGCUUUCGGUAGAGUAAUAGGUAGUAUCAGUUUGGGAUUCUAAUUGUUCUCACCUAUGUACAAUGGAAAGGGGUUUUAAGCACAAAUCUGCUGCUCAUCUAACGUUGGUACAUAAUAUCAAAUCAAAAGUUAUCUGUGACUAUUAUAUAAGGAUCACAAAAGUGUCACAUAUUAGAAUGCUGACCUUUCAUAUGGAAUUAUUGUGAGUCAUCAGAGUUUAUUUAUUAUAACUUAUUGUUCAUAUUCAUUUCUAAGUUAAUUUAAGUAAUCAUUUAUUAAGACAGAAUUUUGUAUAAAUAUUUAUCGUGCUCUCUGUGGAACUGAAGUUUGAUUUAUUUUUGUACUACACGGCAUGGGUUUGUUGACACUUUAAUUUUGCUAUAAAUGUGUGGAAUCACAAGUUGCAGUGAUAUUCAUUUUUAAAUUGUGAACUUUGUACAAAUUUUGUCAUGCUGGAUGUUAACACAUCUUACUCUAAAUAAAAAAGGUGUUACCACAUUUGUAGCACGAUGGGUCUCUAA